AUGGCAGAAGAGCUUUCUUUCGAGCUUCUCGGGCAACAGUAUGGAUAUGGAGGAAGGGGGCAGAACGACCAGAUUUACGGCGUAGACAGCAACUGUAAGGGUGAAGAGGCUUCGGUCUUGUACUGCCAUGUUGAUGCCAAUCACACACAAUUCGGCACGCCGUGGACAGCGAACGAACACACUUUUUACGAAGACAGCGCAACCCAGCAGCCUUCAGCUCAGUUAUACAAUGCGUCAUCGUCGUUGGCGCAUUCCUUUGAUUUCAAUCGUGCAGAAGCCGACGGUCUGGUCGAUCCCUCUUAUCUCAUGUCAGUGGCUACAAAUCCCUAUCACUUCUUCCCGCCCUUCACUAUGAAUGAAAGCGAUCGAACGACCGAGCCGCGAGGUACAAUCCUGAACAGCAUCACGGAAGAUACUGCAAACGCGUUUCUCUCAGAACAACGAAACGCUGUCGUUGCUGAGCCAGUGCCUGGACAAAAGGUAUACGGAUCUGCGGAGAACGUUGUUCUGUCAGCACCUACCGGCUCAGGUAAGACCGUCAUUUUCGAGCUGGCGCUCGUGCGCAUGCUGUCCAAGGACGCCGAAAACGCGCGUGCCGUCUAUCUCGCCCCUACCAAAGCACUAUGCUCGGAGCGGACGCGCGAUUGGUCGAAUCGCUUUGGCUCGGUUGGAUGCGCCGUGACAGAGAUCACAGGUGACUCUGUUUAUGGUCUCCAUGUUGCUCGAAAGAGUCGUUUGAUCAUCACGACGCCGGAGAAGUGGGACAGUCUGACGCGCAAAUGGGACGAGAAUUCGAGCAUCCUUUCGACCAUUCGUUUGCUCCUCAUCGAUGAGGUGCACAUUCUCAACGAGUCGCAGCGAGGUGCUCGUCUCGAAGUGGUAGUGACGCGAACCAGAAGCAGAGGUCACCAAGUGCGAUUCGUCGCUGUUUCAGCUACAGUGCCGAACCUUGCAGAUGUUGCAGCUUGGAUCGGUCCCAACCUAUCUCUACAGAGACGAGAUCGUGCCCUCUCCAACAAGCAAUCCGCCGAAGUUUUUCAAUUUGGCGACGAAUAUCGGCCAUGCCCUUUGCAGAAACAUGUCUACGGCUAUCCUAAGGCCAAGGACGAGUUUGCCUUUCAAGCCUACCUCAAUCACAAGCUCUUUGAAUUAAUCGAGACGCAUGCUGCUGGUCGACCUUGCUUGGUCUUUUGCGCCACGCGUCGCUCCACUCUUCAAGCCGCCAACAUGAUUGCCGAGGCAUGCAAGAAAGCCAAAGAGGCUGGAGGCCGCGCGACACUCUUGUCGCAUGAUACACACGGAAGUCGCAGCAUGAAUGGAGCGAUAUUCGACGACCCAGACUUGACUGCUCUCGCGUCAUUGGGCAUCGCUUUCCAUCACGCCGGUCUGUCCAUCUUGGACCGACGAAAGGUAGAACAAGCCUUUCUUGCAGGAAAGAUCGCCGUCCUGUGCUGCACGACCACAUUGGCGACGGGUAUCAAUCUGCCUGCCUACUGCGUCAUCAUUCGAGGAACCAAGCAGUACGAUGGACAAUGGUGCGAAAUGUCUGAACUUGACCUCAUACAGAUGAUGGGCCGCGCCGGACGCCCACAGUUUGAUCGAAGCGGCAUCGCUGUCAUAAUGUGUGAGGACACCAUGCAAGCACACUACCGCGAACUGGUUAGUGGAAGCCGCGACAUUGAAUCCAGCCUGGCGCCAUGUUUGGUUGAGCAGAUCAAUGCCGAAAUAGGCCUGUACGGCAAAACGACCGAGCCCGACAUCGAAGACUGGAUCCGACAGAGCUUUAUGUGGACGCGCCUGCAAAAGAAUCCGACCUACUACCUCAGUCAGGAGGAGGGGAUCGGCCUCGACAGUGUCGAAGACAUUCUCAAGCACCUCGUCACAAAGACGCUUACGGCCCUUGAAAACGCCUCCCUCAUCUCCCGUCCCGCAGAUACAGGCGAAAUUUCCUGUACUGAAUACGGCGUCAUCAUGUCCCGCUUCUUCAUCCGUCACAAGACAAUGCUUGUGCUUAUGAGAAUUCCGCCAGCCGCGAACACCAGAACUAUCCUGGAGGCCCUCUCUCAAGCGGAAGAGCUCGGAGACGUACGAAUGCGAACGGGUGAAAAGAGUUUCUAUAACUCGCUUCGCACUCAUCCAGAGAUUCGCUUCCCACCACGUCAGGUCGCGAGCGUAGCGGACAAGAUAUCACUUCUCAUCCAAGCCCAACUGUCUGCGAUCAAUCUGUCACAGGUAGUCCAGCCGUCAGUAGGAGAAGCAAGUCCGUACAUGGACCUCAAGCGCAUCGUCCCGCAUGCCACUCGCAUAGCUAGGGCCAUCGUCGACAUCACCAUCCAUCGUCGAGACGGUGCUGCAUGCAAGGCGUCGCUGGAUCUCGCUCGCUCGAUUGCUGCCGAGGCAUGGGAUGGUUCUCCGGCAAUGCUGCGACAGGUGGAUCAGAUCGGCGAGCGCUCCCUCAAGGCGCUGGCUAAUGCCGGCAUAACAACGUGGCAAAGCCUGGCAAGUACCACUCCUGCCAAGAUCGAGAUGAUUCUAAAUCGCAAUCCACCUUUCGGCCGCAAAGUGAUUGCGGCAGCACAGUCAGUACCACGGAUAGGGCUUGAGGUCAUGCAGCGAACAACUUCACCUCAGAGAUCAUCGAGGUUGCUUUUGGCGGAGAACAGAAGCGACGAUUCGACCCCAUCGACGCAGCUUAUAGCUUCAAGCAUCAAGGUGGUGCUGGAUGUGACGGUUCGGAUCGAGAAUCGAGCUACCUGCAUGCUGAAAAGCAAGACAUCCAAGAUGGCGUUGAGUGUCUGCGUGCUCACGCUGACAUCUGACGGCAGCUAUGUCGACUUUCGCCGUAUGCCCAUUUGGCGUUUUGACCCAGAAAAACGCUUCACGGUGCACGUAAAUCUUGAGGAUCCACGCAUGCGCGUUCUGACGUAUGCCGCAUGCGACGAGAUUGCAGGGACGUUGAUGCAAGCGAACUUGGUGCCCAUGUCGGGUAUGGCUGAAGGUCCUCACAGGACUCGAAUCGCACGCGCAGAGCUCCAAGCUGGAGGCAUGAGCGAUGACUCCCCAGCUGUUGAUGAGGCUCGAGCCAGGCCUUCAGAGUCCUUUCCUAGCGAUAGUCGCACUGAUCGUCCGGGAAGCACAGCGACGCAAGAGCAAAACAACAUGGACGACGACUUGCGGCUAAAGAGGUGCAAGCACAAGUGCAAAGGCGCUUGUCGCCAUGUGUGCUGUCAGCGCGCGAGGGAAAAGGUGGCUGCCGGAACGAUCGGCGAGUACCGCUUUCAGAGCCGCGUGCUCGAGAACAGCUCGCAAAGCAUAUCACACUAUCUCAAACCGCUUCCGACGCAGGCGAGAGAUUCUGGCACUCUGUCGCAAAAGCGCAAAAUAGAUUCGGUCCUGUACGAAGACGACCCGCAAGCCCCCCAAAAUCUUUUGAGCAGGCUCAUACAACAAGAUGCCGAAUACGACCGAGCUUUUGGCGGCGAAGGCUCGUUUCAUAUGCCGAGUGAAAUACAGAGAGCCUCCCGAGGCGCAGACAUGGCGGCCCGAGGAACCGGGGUUGACGAGUCGUUGGAGCCGAAGCUUCACGCUCAAUCUAGCCUGCAUGCCAAUGUCGAUACUGGAAUACGUCCACGUAAGGGGCAUUCUGGUGAUGGGGCUGACCAGAGCUCUGCAUGGUCCCAUCAGUUUGAUCUGAAGGAAGGUCGCGUGGCACCACCGACUGACAGAGCCGCUCAGCGACGCUUCCUCAAGGACCUCAGGCCGCCACCAUGGCUCGACAACCCAGUUGACGACAUCUGA